AUCCAGCUGAGCAAAUGUCGGAAGCAUGUUCGAACUUAGUACGAAGGAAAGGAAACCGACGCGCAGGAGGUUGAUCAAAUCAUCAUCAAGAUGUGCAGGCAUUCGUUUUGUUCAAAAAGGAUACGUAUCCGAGGCUUAAAUAUCCCUCCCACCACUGGCUGGUUACAAACCCUCUCGCUACUGGAAAAGGUUUUGCUGGUCAAAAUUUUUCGUCUCCACGAUGCAUACAACUUCUUUCAAGCUCUACCUGACCCUUUUGCUGCUUUUCACGUCCCUUACAUGGACUUUCGCUUUACCUACUAAGAACGUUGCUUUUGCCGAUUUGGACUCGUUACCUGCCGAUCAUUCGUCUGACAAUCUGAACCAUGCAAUCUCCAACGUAAACUCCUUCCCUGCGGAUACGUUGUCGACCGAUUCCUUAAAGGCUACCGCUCGAUUUACGGGCGGGGAUCAGGUUGAUGAAGGAAAGCUCAAGCUCUUCAAAGACGCUGUUCAGAGUAUCAUGGAUACAGCAUCCCCCCAUCUUACCGUUCAAGGGAUAACAAUCACAGUCACCAGGUGGCAAGAUUAUCCAAAAGCCAUUCUUUCCUCGUAUUGCUUCUAUGUCAAUUUCGAGCAGAGUGGUCACUUUUCUUCAUUUCAAGGGACCAUUUCGGAUCGUCCUUAUUUCAUAGAGACAUGGCCAACUAAACGGGAACUUACCCUCAGUGGGGAACUACGGAAUCUACAGUCCAAUAAAAUAAUCAUAUCCUUUCGGAAAGGGAGGUAUCAGCUUGGUCGAUGGAACCGUGAAGAAGUCGGAGAGAAGAUGGUCAGCGGUUCAGGUCCUACCCUCGAAGCCACCGUCAACUUCAAUGGUAGGACCCCAGCGGUUCCAGACCGAUACAUACAAGAAUCGGCCAAGUUUGCUGCUAUCACGGUACUCAAUGCUGCACCCAAGUACCUCCAAGGUGUAUCGACCAUUAGAAUAUUAAAGUGGGAUGGAUAUCCAGUUGCCGAUCAGGAUGAUUACUUCCAUUUCGAUGUCCGCUUCCAGUCAAAAGUCUUGAAUCCGACUACAGGGGCUGGCAAGCACGAAUUGGAGGUUGUAAAUGGGAUUUACAACGGGAGAUGUAAGGAGGAGGAAGGCAAAGUCACUGGGAGACUAACUGACCCGGCGAAAAGGGAGGUUGUGUCGAUCAUAAGAGGAAGGAUUGGGCAGGCCAGUGAAACAAUUCGAAAGGCACAAACAAAGGGCUAGUCGACCGGUUGAAUCACGAUUUUGUGAUGCCUGACACACUAUGUACAUAUUCUUAAGGAUUUUAAACGAUGCCGUGUUUCGCGAAAUCAAUGUGAGGUCAACGUCGUUAUAAAAUCAAUGGCACCUCUCUGGUUCUCAUUGGCAUGGGUGCUUGGUACUGUGUGAUAUGAAUGAGGUGGAAGCUUGCCAGGGCCACCCAGCGAGCAACACUCAAGGAAAGAACCCACGAGGUCUUGGAGAGCAAACAGACAAAGGGU